AUGGAAUCUCGUCCCCCGGCAACCUCUAUCUUUGAACUCCUUACUGCAAAGAACCCCGAACUUGUUCAAAUUGAGCCUGCUAACAAGACGCUUACACAUUCGCCGCACUAUUUCUAUCCCAAGGAACUCCAACCAUGGGACGAGUUCAACUUCGAGACCCUGGAGGACAUCUUCGCGGGUGCUCUGCUGCGUGAGGCCCGCCAGAACGGCCGCUCUCUGCCAGCAUAUCCAACCCUCAUCCCCAAGCUCGAUUGCGUUAUCACCGAAGAGGAUUCGGUAACGAGCUUGAUCGUGAAAUGGAACGAGUCAAUUGUCAACAUGGCUCUGAUAUCUGUUCAAGACCAAUUCAACCCGAGCCUUUGGAACUCCAAGAAGAGAAAGCACGAGAAGCAAGACGCCGAACCUUUGCCAGCCCGCCGGGGGAAGCGUAGACAACCACCGAGGCGCAGCUCCCAAUCGAAUCGCGUGCAAAAGCCGAAGAAGCAUCGCCUGUCCGCGCUGAGACCCGACUCUGGCGCCGUGUACCAUGCCUUGUCACCAGAAGAGCAUGCCUCCCCAAAGACUAAGGAGAGGUUCCCCAAGGAAUAUAAGCCGGCAACGAAAUGGUGCAGUGAAAAGUUCUUCAGAAGCGGCUUCCUCAAUAACAAGGGGAAAGUGAGGAAGGGAAUGAUCAUGCAGAACUAUUGCAUGCCGAUAAGGCAAGCCUUCACCUACUGCGUCACCCACGCCUGUCGUUACGGAUGCAUCUUGACCUGCGGCGAGGCCUUUAUUUUCCGACUGACGAAACUAGAGAAAAAAGCGGCUGAAAGUCAGGAGGCACUAACAAAAAGCCUCAGGGAUGAUGGACUCCUCGAGUACGUCUCGAUCCCCUGGGCGAACCACUACCAAGGCGAUAUCGACAGUUACAAAGACUUGACUGUGAACCUGGCAAUGUGGUUUGUACACGUCCUCGCUGGGAAUCAGUAUUGGGUCGACUGGAAGUACUGUCCCCUGACUGAGGAGGAGCCAAAAGCAGGUCGGCUGUCUGAGGCGACCACAGAGCCGAGCUUUGAGUCUCGAGAAUCUGAAGAUGAGUCAGAUAGCUCUGAGACUACCGCGCCAUUGGGCUACACGCCUGUUUCUGUGAAGGAUGGGGAGUUUUCAGUGGGAGAGGAUGCAAUUCAUUGGUCCUUCUCGGAAAGGCACGACUUUACCAAGUAG